UUUGAUGUUUUCACGCUCCUGUCUCUACUAAAUACAUAUUUCGAACUUUAUGCUUUGGGUGUGGAUUUUGAGAUGGUAGUGAUUGUAAAGAUGAAGAAACUAGCUGGUUACAAGCAGGUUUUUGAUCAUUUCUUGUCGGCCUUCCCCCCUUCUUGUUUUGUAAUACCGUUUGAUGACUUGAAGUGUCGAGAUUUUAUAUGCAACUACCUUCAACUCAAUUAUUUUCAAUGCAUGAUUUUGGAUAAGAAGGGUAUGGAUAUGAAGAAGAACAUUCUACUUCAUGGAAAUAAGUUUGUGCGCUAUUAUGGAGCCGAUGCCUUUCCCUUCACUGAUGAGAAGCUGCAGGAACUUCAAGCAGAUGAAGAACCGAGAUGGAGAACUUCUUCCACUAACAACCUUGUGGGACUUUUGAGGUGCAAACUGUCUGAUGUUCUAAAAAAGACCAAUGCAGAAGAUGGUUGUGGCACGGUGACGACUAUUUCAGACCUCAAUAACAAGGAUUUUGUUGGGUUGUUCUUGUGUGUCAAAGGAAAUUUCAUUCCCAAGCUCAAGGAGGUAUAUGAACACUGCAAAACUCACCACAAGUCAUUUGAAAUUUUGCUGGUCUACAUGCCCACGAAUGACUCUCUUGACCCACAAAAUUACAAGUUGUAUGUUGAUAAUCUGCUGCAAAAGCACAAGUUAUCCUUGUGGUAUAUGCCCUUUGAUAAUUCUGUAAGCCACAAGCUCUCUCGACUUGUUUGCCCCAUAGAAGAUGAGCUUAUCAUUUUGGGAACCCAGGAUGCAUCUAUUGAUCCUUAUGGCCGAGAUGUAUUGAGCACUUUUGGAAUUAAUGCUUAUCCAUUUACUAGAAAGGAACUAGUCCAGCGGGAAGUAAACAAGUUCAAAGAACUCACCUUGGAGACAUUGCUGGUGUAUGAGUCACAGAGUUACCUUCAUAAAGGAAACACAAAGAUUCCUGUAGCAGAUUUGAGGGGCAAGAAUGUACUUCUUUGGAUGAGCUCUCUUUCUCCCAGUAAUAUUUCUUUCUAUCAUAAACUAUUAUUAUGGUACGAAAACAAUCGGACAAAGAGUCCUGAUUUUGAAGUGGUAUUUGUUCGCAAACAUAAUUCCGCUGCAACUGAUGAUGAUUUAGAACUGUCUGAAGUAAUGCCAUGGUUGAUAUGCCCGUUUAUCGCUGAUCACUCAGCUUCCAUAGAAAAGAAACUAUUUCCAGAUGGGGGCAUAUGUGGUGAUGCCCUUGUUGAAUUUGGAACAGAUGGCCUGGUUUGUUCGUUUACCGCUGAUGAAGACCUUCUAGAUAUUGGUGUUGAUGAAUCUGGAAAAAUUCCAUUUGGCCGUUCUAAUCUGCGCCGCAGUGCAAUUAAGAAUCUUUGUCACCACCAUUUUAUAAUCAUGAAUAAUUAUACAGAUUGAAUCUGUCAAAUGUGGCUCUUUAGUACCAAUUUCUUUAGAAUUUGCUUAGUUUCUGGUAUGUAUUUUGACAAGUUUUAAGAGUUCCGUACUUUUACUGGAAAGAUUUUCAUUGCCAGUGUUGUUUUGUUGAUAAGAAGCUAUGAUCAAGAAGCAGUUUGCUCAGUUGGUUUUUGAA